AUGGACAUGUCAGCCGAGCCUGUGAUUUCUACUGGUGACGUGGAGCGGCUGCUACACGCAACGUGCGUCAGGGGCGUCGAUAAAUCUGGACCCGCACCUGCACCCCUUCAGGAGAGGACGCUCGACUUCAAGAUCCUCGUCGAGCCUCCUCUUAUGUCAGCCACCAUCACAGAUCUCUGCAACGAACCUCUUUUCUUUUCAGGAUAUCUUUCAGAAGAAGAGCCAAUGUCGUCCGACGAUUCCAGUCUUUCAUCAAUGUCUAUCAGCACCGUUGCCGACGAAUUUAUCGAUGAACUCGAAUCAAACUUUCCUGAACUCUUGGCCGAGGAAUGCAGCUUUGUCGAACAAGUUCAAUGUAUUCAGGCUGAAGCUGUGACUCUGGUCUCGCCAGGCAAGGCCAAGAUGGUUCGAGUCUCUAAAGUCAACAUGAGUGCUUCAUCGUCGUCAGCCAUCAAAAGGCCAACAACCUCAUCAAGUCUCAAGCCCAAUGGCAACACAUCACGUCUCAGCAUCAUAUCAAUCAGAGCACACAGCCACGAUGGAUCACUCGCAUCCCCUAGGGUGGAUUCCCCCACAAUGCCUUCGACACCAGACCUCGAGACUGGCUCGUCUGGCUCUCAAUCACCUACCUCCAGCCACACCCCUGCCACACCAGAUUCUCCAGCCUCUGCCUACUUCGAUGCUCUCACCAGCCCAGUAUACGCUCCAUGCCCACCCAAGCAUCGCAUGUCACGGAACGGGUAUCACCUCAAGCUACCAGGCAUGAGCAAACAGCGCCCUGGAUCAUCCCAGUCCAUGAUGUCAACUCCGCUAUCUGCCCCCCUCACAGCACCAUCUUCGUUCUUAAAGCCGAAGAUGAUCGCCAGGGGUGCUGCCGAGCGUAUGGCUUCUCUUGAUCUGCCACCCUACCCUCGCGACUCAUUCCAACCACCUCCUCCGACCCGUUGGACCAUCCGCAAGGACUCCGUCAGUUCCGUCUCUUCCAAGGAGACGCCCCGAUUUCGACUCAAAAGAGCCGAGAGUGGAGUCUUGCCAACCUGGCGAUGA